UCCCAUAAGUUUCCAUUUAUGCCGUUUGCCAUUGGAUGGGUGUUAAGAUGCCAUACAUAAAGGCGGUGCUGGUAAGAAAAUGCUCAGUCACAUGAUUAAACUGGUAUUUUUGCAUGGUUUCUUGCUUGAUCCACAGCCUGAAUCUUAAAGAGAGGCAGAAUUCACAUGGAAAAAUGAAGCGCAUCUUCACAGGACAGCACUUGAGUUUAUGGAGACUGACAAAGCAAGUGACUCCUCAGGAUCACAUAAUGAAGUACUUAAUGAAGAAGAUCCCACCCUACCCACGUCCAGUUGAAUUUUGGGUUUCAGACGUAACCCAUGUUACUGAGGAGACAGGAUUCAGGGGGAUACUGAAGUCCGAGCAGUUCAGACCUCCUAACAGUGAGUUCUCAUGGUGGGCCUUAAAAAUUAAAAAAGGGGAAAUAAGAUCAGCAGAGAAACGUUAUAUGAAGAGUAACGUCUCAAAUACGGCACAAGAGCUGAAGGAACAAAAGCCGUUUUUGGAGAAGUUCACCACAUCACCUCUCUUCAAACUAAAGAAAUCUCGCUACGGCAAUUAUCGCUUCACGUUUCCCCUCACUGAUCUGAUGCAGUGGUACAAAGAACAGAACUGUGGAGGAGAAGACCCGGUUCUCAGGGUGUACGAGACCGUCACCUACAGACAACAGAUUGUGUACACCGUGCUGAUUCACAGUCCUGAGGAUAACCAGCGUUUUGGAGAAUAUCCGCUUCUUGAGGCGAGUGAGUGGGUUCAGUAUCAGGAUGGGAAGAUCAUCUGGAAAGCACAAGCCAUUUGUGAAACCCACCGGUAUCAGUUCAUUUCAGGAGAAGUACAAAGGCUGAAUAGUCAUCUGUUUUAUGUCUGGGAUCUGGUCAGUUUAGUCUUUUACUUGCCAAAAGGUACUAAACAUUUUAAGACCCUGAAAAUCCCCAGAGAAUGCCUUAUAGAAGCUCUUGUGGCCUGUAAACUUGACAGUAUAGAUCUUUCAAGGUACCAAGGUCCUAAAAACAAAAAUGAACGCUUCUGGGAAGCAAAGCUGAACGUGAGUGAGUUGAAACGGGAGUUUGAAAAGAGAAGGAAGUAAAAGAGAGCAAAGAAGAAGAUAAUAUAAAAAUGGAGGUAGACACAUGAUUGUUAAUGAUUCGAAGUUGCAGUUAGAUAAGAAAAAGGAUGAAGAUCAAGCGAAAUGUGUUUAGAAAGUUAAUUAUGUGAAAUAUUCAAUAUAUAAUUCUUAUAAAUUAUCUAUCACUAU